AUGGUAUUGUCGUCCAAUCAAAAUGCGCUCGCUCAUUUGUAUAAAGCUCAGGGCACGGGUCGGGGCCGUAGACGGCCGGUACCCAAGUACGAGCCGACGCCGCAAACCACACCGCCAGAGUUGGCCAGACAUUAUGGCACCGACUCUAUGGACGCUGAGAUGAGCUAUAGUCCGGCCUAUGAGGGCGGCCAACACGAAGAUUCAGCGGCUAUCCCGAGACCCCUGUCCAACGCCCAAGUGAUGGAACUGAUCGCCCAAAUGGACAAAACACUACAACUCGACGAUACCGAUAGUCCGGCGCCGGAGACAACGCCAGUGACAGCCCCUGUCAUCGGCCAUACACCCAGAGUCAAGGUCUAUGAACGGGUGCUUACGCUAUGGCUGAACCGAUUGGGACCCGACGGCAGUCUCAUCAAUGAUGAUCCCCAGCCCCCGGAGUCGCCGACACAGGGGUUGUCUAAAAUGUAAUGUGUUUUAAGAAAUAAUAUGAUUUGUUUUUCUAUUUUUGCUAUAAUUUUGUUUUUAUGUUUUCAAUUAAUUUCCAUUAAUAUUUAUAAUUUGUUUAUGUUUAAUGGUUUCAUUGUGCC